AUGUCCGAAUACUGGAAAUCUACCCCCAAAUACUGGUGCAAGCACUGCAAAACUUAUGUCCGGGACACGAAGCUGGAAAAGACAAACCAUGAAGCCACUCCAAAACAUCAAGGCAACCUCAAGCGCUUCCUGCGAGACUUACAUCGAGGCCACGAGAAAGAAGAAAAGGACAAGGAUCGCGCAAAGUCAGAGGUAGCACGACUGAAUGGAUUAGUUGCAGGUGAAGGUUCUGGGUCUGGAUCUGGAUCUGGGGGAAGCUAUUCAAGUUCGGGAUUCGGACGAGGGCCUACACCUGUACCGAAGCCACAAGCUACAGCUGGACAGAGAAAACAACAACUGGCGCAGCUGGCAGAAAUGGGUGUUAGUAUACCGGAUGAGUUUAGACCAGAUAUGGCUAUGGCUGGAGAAUGGCAGGUCACUGCGGAGCGAAUUGUCGAGACGGACGGAGAGAAGAAACCCGAAGCAAUUGCUUUGGGAGUAAGGAAACGGACGGUCGAGGAGGAUGAGGAAGAAGCCAAAGAAGCUAAGAGGUUGAGAUGGGGUUCGAGAUUCAAGACACAUCCGGCGGAAGAAGACACCGAUGAUUUGGAUGCCUUAUUGGCCAAUGCUACAAGGAAGGAUGCAGUACCUGCUGUUAGUAUUGAAGUUAAAGAGGAAGUCAAGCAGGAGGUCAAGGAGGAAGCCGACGGCGAUAUACCAAAGGUUGGGGAAGUCAAAAAAGAAGCAUCAGAUGGAGAUACCAAGAUCACCGAAGUUAUCCCGCCUUCAGAUGCCAUCAUCAAACCUGAGGGAGAGGAGGGCGCUCCUGGCGUUGUGUUCAAGAAACGCAAGGCCAAGAAUAUUCGACAAAAAUGA